CUGUGUACAUAUUGCUUUGACAGAUCUGAAAACAGUAGAAGAUGGCUGACCAAGGAUUCCCGGGACAACACACAACAACUACCACCAUGACAGCAACCAGCACAAGUGUACAACCAGAACUGCGAUAUGACCCAUUGUACCUGAGGACAUUGCCUGGCAUGCUCAAGGUCGCACAGAUUGCUCUAAACUUCCUAGGCUUUCUAUCAAUAGCCAUCUCAGGAAAUGCAGGAUACUCUCAGGCCAGCUUCUUUGAUUCGAUUUCUGGAUUUGCAUUCUGGUUCAGUGGCUUCUUGCUUGCGUUCUACCUGUUUCACGUCAUCGAGAAGUUCUACAAAAUACCGUGGCUGAAAAUUGAGCUGGGGUUCUGCGCACUGUGGACAGUGUUUUACCUCAUCGCCUCUACAAUGGUGGCUGGACUCACAAGCUACUCUGCAGCUCUUGGUGUUGCUGCGUUCUUCGGUUUCUGCGCCAUGGUGGUGUACGGGUAUGAUGCCUGGCUCAAGUACCAAGGUGUAAUGAGUGGACAGCUGGCUCAGGGUGAGCGCCACGUCAGCAAGACGACCAGCACAGUCACCUCUCCUGCGUACUAACCUGCUUCUGUAAGCUCACUCUUCUCUCAGUAACAAUAGUUCUGAGGGGUUCAUUUUUCUUGAAGGCAUGAUAUUUCUAAUUGUUUUUAGUAAUCAGAAUUUGGCCACAGUAAAGAAAAGUGAAUUUGUCAGCACACACGUCAUACAUAUUGUAAAACAAUUUAUAACAGGAAAAGUGUAUUAACGCUGCAUUAGUUGUGCUUGGUUUACAGCAUUGUUGGCCACACGCGGACCUAGAGACUGUGCUUAAAUCCUCUCUGGAAAACACGUGCAAAAGAUUAUUGUUGCUCAUUGAGCAUGAAAAUUUUAUUCACAAAGUGUGUUAAAAAACAGUUAUUAUUUUUUAAAUAAAAAUAAAGUAUAACUUUUUAUAAAUCUGAAAUUAUAAUAUUUUUUAAAACUUAGUUGUGAUAAUUGUACAGAAAUUCGCUUUUGAUCAUAUUCACCUAUUAAUAAAGUUAAAUAAUAUAUGUGUAAUUCGUUCAAUAUUAAAAUCAAUAAAAUUCAUAUAAUGUACAAAAAUAUAUGCCUCUGAAAAAGAGCCCAACACAAAUAAAACCCGUCCACUAGCUUCAUGACUUAUUAAAACACAAAAAACACAAUUUUCACUAUUUAUAGUAGGAAAAUGGAGCAAACAUUUCACUACCGUUGGAAUCACUGACCAUGCACUUCUAACACAGGGUUAAAGUUGCAAUUAAUGUCAUGAUUAGUUGUUUUAGUAAUAAAUUAUUGUUCUUUCUAUACUCGUACUACGAUGAAACGAUUUUGUUCUGUUGCCUAAUUAAGUUAGGUAAAUUUAUGUUGAUUUCUACACAAGUAGUCCAAGAUUUAUAUUUUUUGUAAUAGGGUAGGUUUUGUGUGCAAAACAUCACUUUAUAAAACUGUAAUACAACGUUGAUUUAAACACAAUAAUAUUAUUAACUUGUUUAAUUAAGUUUUUUCUAGUAAUGACUUUUGUCACAGUGUUCCCACC